GUGGUAGCAGUUAGGGGAGGAUUUUGCAAGUGUAUGGCACCGACGACGAUGUUGCAGCUACAAAAAGGAUCAGCUUACCUUGCGGCAAGAUCAUUUCUCAAGUGACUACCGUGCAGUGCAGAGCAGCAGCAGAAGAGCAGAAGCAUCAACAUCAUCAUCAUCGCCAUCGCCAUCGCAGUUCAACGUGGAGCAUUUGCAUUGCCCGCUUCAACUACAAACAAACUUAAGGCCCCAACAAAAGCAAUCACAAUGGCAGUGCAGGGUCAGAGAUUUAUGACCAAGACGCAGCACUACCGCAAGGUGACCAAGCCACUGCUGGAGCGCAAGAGACGGGCCCGCAUGAACCUGUACUUGGACGAGCUCAAAGACCUCAUUGUGGAUACGAUGGACGCGCAGGGCGAUCAGGUCAGCAAGCUGGAGAAGGCCGACAUACUGGAGUUGACCGUCAAUUAUCUAAAGACCCAGCAGCAGCAGCGCCUGGCUAGUCCAGCGUCUCCAUCUUCCACCUCCUCCUCCGCCUCCUCCCAGGUGAAUUUUGACAAAUUCCGGGCGGGCUAUACCCAGGCCGCCUACGAGGUCUCGCACAUAUUCUCCACUGUUCCUGGCUUGGAUCUCAAGUUCGGCACACACCUGAUGAAGCAGCUAGGACACCAGUUGAAGGACAUGAAGGAGGAACUGGAUACUCCCGACCUAAGCGAGGAGCCCGUCAAUCUCUCCGACCGCAAGUCGGAGGAGCACCAUCAUGAAGAGCGCCCUACAUCUCCUCCAGAGGACAACGACAACCCCAACGGCGAGGAUGUCUGGCGACCCUGGUGAAUCAACACCUAGCAACUCAUCAACUCAACCAUUCAACAUUGAGAGCUUUACUACUCUGGAUUUAGUUCGUAGGCCAUAAAAGACACUCGUAUUUAGAAACGAUCCAAGUUUUCCAAGGUUUAGUGUAAACAUUUGCCUCAGAAUUGUACUUACAAUAGCUAUUACUAUAUGAUAUGAUAUGAUGUGAUGUUCCUGUGAUAGUUCUUAAGUUCGUAUUUUGUAUUUGAUCUCCCAUAGAUGUAUAAAAACACAUUUAUAAAUA